AUGAAACAUUCUGUAUCACCACCUGUGUCAGUUAUUAUUGUUAAUACUACACAAGGAUAUCUUAAGCAUAAGUAUUGUUUACUAGGUAUUACAGCUGUCGGUUUAAUGACCUUUGCUUACUAUUAUUUUUCUUCAAAACCAAAACAACAAUAUUCAAAUAUUGAAAAUUUAAAAGACAAAACUGCAAUAGAAUUUUCCACAAAUGCUUCUGCAUGUAUUACUUCAACAGCUGAUAUGCCAUCUUCCAAUAAUUAG